UGGGUAUACCUUGACGUUGGUGGAAGGGCUUAGUACCUGGAGGGUUUAUCCUGAAGGGGAAGCCAAAUACCCAAACGCGAUUUUUAAGGCUUAUAAGGCCCGUUAUUAAGUUGCAAAAAAUCGCAACAAAUAACUCGAGUAUCUAAUUUUCCGAAAAGAAAUACUGCGUCACAUUAUAAUUAGUUUAAAUUUCGGGAGUGCCGUGUAAAGUAUCGUGCAUCUGUUCUUAUUAUACUGCGGAAGUUUGUUUUUUCUUAAUUAAUUUGGGAGUGUCGUGUAAAGUGUCGCACGUCCGUUUUUAGCGUGCCAUGGACGAUUUGCGCGCGAUUGUCAUUGACCAUAUUUUUGUAAAUAAACGAGUGCCAGACGAACCCUGAACAUGAGAGAAGGAAGAGGAAGUCUAGGAGGCAUUAGGCAACAGCGGAGCAACCUUAGGAUCAACGUAGCGUCUACGUAAUCAACUCCGCUGCUGCGCAUCGAUCGGUUAUCUCGCAUUGUUUUGUACGUGUAUGAAAGAAUAUUAUUAUGAUUGAGGUCACGAGUGAAAAUUUCAACACAAUAUAUCCAAACUUGGAGCGUGCAUUGAAAAAUGCGAAUUUCAUAGCAAUUGAUACGGAAUUUUCAGGUUUAAAUGUUGACGAUAUUAAAAAUAGUUUAUUUGAUUCUAUAAACGAGCGCUAUGAGAAGCAGAGGUGCAAUAUUCAACCGUACAUAAUAAUCCAAUUUGGUAUCACUGCGUUCCAACGAAUUCAGAAUGAAAAUCAGUACACAGCAGAGGCCUUUAAUUUCUUUCUGCUGCCUAGAUCUAUUCCAUCAAAGAAUAGACAACUUGUCUGGCAAAUCGCUGCAUUAGAGUUUCUGACUGCAUACGAAUUUGAUUUCAACAAGCUUGCUUACAAGGGCAUUUCAUAUCUCAAUGAGGCUGACCAAGCAAUCUUGCAGCAACAAUUACAAGAUAAUAUGUUAUUUCGCAAUGUGGAAAGAUCUAUCUCCUACAAAGAAGAAGACAUUCUCAAAGAUUAUAUCCAUCAAGUUUCCAAAUGGUUGAAUAGAGCAAGUGAUGAAACAAGCUCAUUUAAAAUUGACACGUCUACUCCAAUUUUACAGUAUCUUAUGCAUAAGGAAUUAAGAAACCGUUUCCGAAAUGUUUGGACCUUCUCAGGGAAUAAUAUGGUGACGGUUAUGAAAAUUCCACCGGAUUCCAGAGAAGUUUUGGAACAAGAAGAAGGUUCUAUAUUGGAAAACGUAUUGCUUGAAUCAUAUGUAGGUUUUUCAAAGGUGUUUAAGCUUUUGGUUACUUUGAAAAAACCUAUAAUAGCACAUAAUGCUUUGUUAGAUUUAAUGUUUAUACAUCAACAGUUUUACAAGCCGUUACCACAAAAAUACACUGAUUUCAAGGAUAACAUACAUCAACUAUUUCCUACAAUUUAUGACACAAAAUUUUUAAGCUUUCAAUUGAGAGAACUUCUUUCAACAGAACAAAAAUGGACAUUUAAUUCUCUAAGUGGUUUAGUCCAAUAUUUCACAGAGAAGCAAGGAAAAUAUGUAGCACUUGGAUCGCCUAAUAUUAAUCUCCUUAGUAAAACAAAUUCAGAUAAAUCAGAUGUUAUUAUACCUUCGAUGAAAUAUCACACUGCGGGAUGGGAUUCUUAUUUUGCUGGUUAUGUAUUUAUUAGAAUAGUCCAUGUAUUUGCUACAAAACGUCAUGGAUCAGGUUUAACAUUGAAGCACUUUACACAUACAGAAUUAAUGAACAAUGUAAAAAGUUUGGCAAAUUGUAUAAAUAUCAUCCGUGGCAGUACAUCACAUUUGAGACUUGAUGGACCUGAACCUGUAUCGACUCGACCUAAAUGGCUUUAUGUGAAAACGUUAGUGUCGAAGCCGAUAACCGCCAUGCAGAUAGCUGAAAAAAUGUCAAUUUUCGGUGCGGUUGACGUGAAGCAAUGCACAUCGAAGCGUGUGUUAGUUGCAGUAGCAAAUCACGGAAGCGCACGAGAUAUAUUGCAACACUUCAAACAAAACAAGGAUCUAUACGUUGUCCCUUAUAAUCCGAUACGGCACUCACCCUCGACCCAACUCGUCCUAUGGGGCAGUAUAGUCGUUUCUAGCGGGAUUUUUGCUUGGAUACUGCAUCGGAAGCUUCAGGAAAGCUCUUAGAUGGUCUGUAAAAAUCUUUAAGAAAAAAUCUAGGACAAUAGGGGGAUGUAUAUUCUUAAAUAUAGAAAUAUAUUGUCCUUAAUAAGUUUAAGAAAAGAACAGCUUUAAAAUAUAUGUACGUAAUGCAAAAAUAUGUAUGUAAGAAAUGUUUUUCACAUAAUAAUAGAAGAUGAAGUACUUUGAACGGCAA